CCCUCCCAGGCUCCGGUUCAGAGGCGCUUUCGGCGCCUGCCGCGGCUUCCAAACUGCGCCGCUUCCUUCUGCGGCAGAAAAGGACUUUCAGAUGUUAUAGCGGCGGCGGCCGCGGCGGCGGCGGCGGCGACUCAGGACAGCGCCCCCUCCCCCUAACGGCCGCCUCUCCCUCUCCCCCCCGGCGCCCCCGCUCCCCCACCUCUGGGAAGGCGCUGGGGGUGUGGCCAGGGGCCGGUAUAAAGUCCGGGGGAGCCGGUCCCCGGCAGCCGCUCAGCCCCCUGCCCCCCCGCCGCCCGCCGCCAGGGCCGGGCCGAGGAUGCGGCGCAGCGCGUCGGCGGCCAGGCUCGCUCCCCUCCAGCCCGCUUGCUAACUUCCCUGGCUCGGUCCCUGUCCGCCAGCGGGGCCGCCCCGUCUCCCCGCGCCCUCCGGGUCGAGUCCUCCAGGAGCGCCGGGCGCUGUCGCCGCGUGUCCUGCCGCCAGUCUGAGCGCGGGCUCUCCCCUCCCGCGCCCGAGUCCGCGCCCGCGCCCGCGCCCCGUCCUAGCUCGGUCAUGCUGCCCCUCUGCCUCGUGGCCGCGCUGCUGCUGGCCGCCGGGCCCGGGCCGAGCCUGGGCGACGAAGCCAUCCACUGCCCGUCCUGCUCCGAGGAGAAGCUGGCGCGCUGCCGCCCCCCCGUGGGCUGCGAGGAGCUGGUGCGGGAGCCGGGCUGCGGCUGUUGCGCCACUUGCGCCCUGGGCAAGGGGAUGCCCUGCGGGGUGUAUACCCCUCGCUGCGGCUCGGGCCUGCGCUGCUACCCGCCCCGGGGGGUGGAGAAGCCCCUGCACACGCUGAUGCACGGGCAAGGCGUGUGCAUGGAGCUGUCGGAGAUCGAAGCCAUCCAGGAGAGCCUGCAGCCCUCUGACAAGGAUGAGGGUGACCACCCCAACAACAGCUUCAGUCCCUGUAGCGCCCAUGACCGCCGGUGCCUGCAGAAGCACUUUGCCAAAAUUCGAGACCGCAGCACCAGUGGGGAGAUGAAGGUCAUCGGGGUGCCUCGGGAGGAAGCUCGGCCUGUGCCCCAGGGCUCCUGCCAGAGUGAGCUGCACCGGGCCCUGGAGCGUCUGGCUGCCUCACAGAGCCGCACCCACGAGGACCUCUACAUCAUCCCCAUCCCCAACUGCGACCGCAAUGGCAACUUCCACCCGAAGCAGUGUCACCCGGCCUUAGAUGGGCAGCGCGGCAAAUGCUGGUGUGUGGACCGGAAGACAGGAGUGAAGCUUCCAGGGGGCCUGGAGCCAAAAGGGGAGCUGGACUGCCACCAGUUGGCUGACAGCUUCCGCGAGUGAGCCCUGCCAGGAGGCAGGGGGCUCAAUGCCCCCUGCCGUCCCCAUCCCCUAGAGGCUACAGAGCUGACCUGGAGCCUGGGUCUGAGUCCUGGCUCUGUCUCUGGCCUAGAAGUUUCCCUUUCUGUGUGUAUGUGUGUGUGUAUGUGUGUGUGCACGCACGCAUGGGUGUGCCCUUGGGGUGAGCCAAAGCCUAGGGUGUCUUCUUUGGUCUUAGAUAGCCUGAGACGUCUGAGAGUGGCAAUGGGGAGCCCUGGUAUGUCUCCAAAUUGAUCGUGGACUCAUUCAUUCAUUCAUUCAUCCAUUCAUCCAGCCGUUCUAAAACAUUUAUUGACAACAUACUACAUGCCAGCUCUGGUUUUUUUAGCCCUGGGGGCUCUUAUUCUGACUUUCUCUGAUUUGGGCAUCUGGGGUCAUUUCUUAUAAGCUGAGCACAAGUUUGUGGGGGAAGAGAAGUCUCUUUUCCAAAAUCAGAGGAGGAAAGUAGUCAUGUACCUUGACUGUUGUACCUUGUACCAUUGUCAUUCCCCUCAAUUUAGUCAGAGGUUGGAGGCCAUAGGGAAAGUGUGGAGUGGCAGAUGAUUCAAUGGACAGGAGUCCCAGACUCACUCCCAAACUCAAGCCUGCCAGGCUCCCCUUCUUCUCUUCCCUAGGUCCCUUCAGUGGGAAGGACCUAUAGAGACAAGCCCACCUUUGGGUCUGGUGUGCCAUCUGCUUGGUUGCCUGGCAGCCCAGGCCCUGGUGUGGGGGAGGGAAGAGGGCUAGAAGAAGUCAUACAGGACAGAGGGCUGGGGAGCAGGGGCCCAUCUCUGAUUAGGAAGAAAGAAUGCACAGUUGGACUGCAUGUGCCUGAUGGAGAAGAGGACACACAUGCUGGGGGGUAAAGGAUUUGCCUGGGGUCCUGCAUCCUUCCCUGUUUGUGGUCAUAGCCACGAAGUCAUCAGGAUGACUCCAUCCUUCCAGUGGUUCACUGCCUGUGGCUUUGCCUCCCAUCCUAUACCUCCCUACUACCCUCCAGGCAUUUCUGGUUUGACUGGAUAGAAGGAGACUUAGGGACCUACCAGUUGGCCAUGAUGUCUUUUUUUUUUUUU